AUGAACUAAAGAUCAUAGACUCAGGAAACCGUAAGGUUUUAUAUUAAAAAUGUAGGAACAUAAAUCUCAGAAACAUUUUGACAAUGAAUUAGCAUAUUUUAAAAAGAAUUUGAUGAAAUAUGGAAGAAUUUAAUUUUUAAUAACCCCUCACUCUUUUUCAGAUAAUCUAAUUUAUAUCAAAAUUAACUAGAAUCUGUUGGAAGGAAUUAUUUUUUUUUGUCUUGAUAAUUUGAAAAAAUUCAAUGGUAGCAAUAAAAUUGAAAAGUAAAUGAUAAGCACAAGAGUUUUGUUGGACUUAAUUAGAUCUUGGAGUUUAACAAUGAAGCAUUAUAAAUAAUCACUGCUUAACCUGAUAGACUAUCUGAAAAGAAUUUUAUAGCAUAUUUAUUUACGAGAAACUUUCUACAUAAGGAAAUUAUCAAUUAAUUUAAAUGUAAAACUUUCCUCUAAAAAUAAAUUUGCUAAAAAACCAAAAUAUUUUUAUAUGUGA